UUCCGGUCGACCUCCAUCAUGCGAAUCCUCAACUUGACUGACGAUAAUAUCCUGUGUUGCCAACGGUAUUCUGGGUCCUGUGGACAUAAUUCCACUGUUUUAUCACCUGGCUCUAUACAUUUACUUGACAUAUCCCCUUGCUGCGCCUUCCUGUCUCUUCAAAACUCCCACAAAUCAGAGUCCACGAAAUCCGAAGGCCUUGAAAUAUCACUGUCGUUGUCACUUGGGGCUUCAUGGCAAGCCGUUCGAGCUCCUCUGGAUUGUCGUUGGAGGAUCUAUGCUACUCGGGUAUUUUAAUUGAAGAACCGGUCCUUUGAGUUCAUCAUCUUUCCAAAGAGAAAUCUGGCUUCGUACUUAUCUGAAAUGCCCGAUGCAGUACCACUGCACUCGCUAUUGCUUCCUGGAACACACGAUACGAUGGCAUUCUACGGUUGGAUCAUCUCGCAGUGCCAAUCUCUCGAAACACCACUGCAUGUUCAACUGCAGAAUGGGAUCCGAGUUCUAGACAUCCGUCUCGCCAAAAUCGAAGGAAAGCUCAUCGCGUAUCACGGUGUAUAUCCAGAAAAAACCCCAUUUCAAACAAUUCUUUCAGCAGUCCACGAGUUUCUUACAUCACCCAUAUCGUGUAGAGAGACUAUCGUGAUGUCUAUAAAGCAGGAAGAUUCCACAUCCACGCCACCACCCGUCUUCUCUCGUCUCGUACGCGACGAAUUCGCCUCGGGUCCAGGAGGCUUGGGCAUUUUGUUUCUGGAGAAUCGGAUACCCACACUCGGGGAAGUACGAGGCAAGGUGGUUUUCCUUAGCAGAUUCGGUGGAGACGGCGCUGAGUGGGAAAACGGAUUAGAGGGCAUGGGGAUACAUCCUACGAUUUGGCCUGAUAGCGAAAAGGAUGGGUUUACAUGGGAAUGCAAAGACGUUCUUGUACGGACACAUGAUUGGUAUGCAAUCCCCUCUUUCCUAUACAUACCUGAAAAAGUAUCUUUGGCGACUAAGUUUCUCCUCCCACCUCCAAGCAAUGGGAACGACAACAACGACGAUGGCAAACCCGAUAAACGCGACACCACCUCAACCCGCCCUAUUCUAUCCCUCAUAUACACCUCAGCCGCCUCUUUCCCGUUCGCAGCACCUAGACCCGUCGCACAAGGCUUCGGGUGGCCAAACUGGGGAUUCGGCGUCGAGGGAGUGAAUAGUCGUCUGGGGAAAUGGGUUUUGGACGCGCUUCGUAGUAGUCUAGGUCGGACUCAGAGUGGGUCAAACUUAUUCUAUGGAUCAGAUGCAGAUAUGGAAAUAGGAAAAGGAAUCGACCAUGAAAAGAUCGGGGUUGAGAGUUUGGUAGGGAAUGGGUGGACGACGGGACCACGGUUACGCGGCUGGGUAUUGGUGGAUUUCUAUAAUCAGCCUGAACAUUCGCUAGUGGAUUUGCUUGUAGAAUGUAAUUUUAGAGGUCGACGGCCAGGUGAGGAAGGUUGGUGAUUGCGAUUAGGAUGGUUCCUGUGAUGGCUGAGGUGUUCGAAUCCUCAAGAAGGGGAAGGGUGGUGAUGAUGUAUCCCAUGUCAUUUGUGCGGGGAAUGGGACUGAGCUUGGUUAGUCUGAAAUAUGGCAAUAUGGCACUCCACCGACCUGUAUCUCCACUUAGCCUAAUCCUAUUGUAAUUCAUUGCACGCAACAGAAUACAAUGUGUUAAUACUCUGACGAGCAGAGCAUUAA